GGGCGCGGGGCACGCCGGGAGAUGUAGGCCGGCCGGGGCGGCCCCAGCAGGAGCCGGCUGGCAGCGGCCCCCGGCGCGGGAUGAGCUCUGCCGCGGCCAAGCCAAUACUUUACAGCUAUUUCCGAAGCUCCUGCUCUUGGAGAGUGAGAAUUGCACUGGCUCUGAAAGGGAUUGCCUAUGAUGUGGUGCCAGUGAACCUCCUGAAAGAUGGGGGACAGCAGUUUUCUGCUGAAUUCAAGGCAAUGAAUCCAAUGCAGCAAGUCCCAGCCUUGAAAAUUGAUGGCAUCACCCUUUCUCAGUCGCUAGCUAUAAUUCAUUACCUAGAAGACACCCGUCCUAACCCCAGGCUCCUGCCCCAGGAUCCAAAGAAGAGAGCCCAAGUCCGAAUGAUCGCGGAUCACAUUGUGUCUGGUAUUCAGCCACUCCAGAACCUGAGUGUCCUGAAACAAAUGGGGGAGAAAAAAAUGGAAUGGGCUCAGAACUGCAUCAUGUCUGGCUUCCAAGCACUGGAGCAGAUUCUGCAGCACACUGCUGGGCGCUACUGUGUGGGGGAUGAAGUUUCCAUGGCUGAUCUGUGCUUGGUGCCUCAAGUUGCCAAUGCUGAAAGGUUCAAAGUGGACAUGGGUCCAUAUCCCACAAUAACCAGAAUAAACAAAGCUCUCCUGGAGUUAGAGGCAUUCAAAGUAAGCCAUCCAUCCCGGCAGCCAGAUACUCCUGCAGAGCUGCAAGCCUGAAGCCCUUCUUACUCAUGAAAUCAAGUAAGCUGCAGUGUCAAAGAGGACAACAGCUACAGCUUGAGUAGGACUUCAGUGCCAGCAGAAGACCCUAAUACUAUUGUUUUACUUUCAUCUGAAUGGGAAGAAAGACAGAGGAUCUGGAAGUAGAUGACUUAAAGGAGCUACGCCUGAGAUAGAAACCUUUCAACCACUUCCAACUGUGUUGUUUUUUUUUCCUAUCUCAGGUAUCUCCAUGAAACAGAUUAAAGCAGAAGCAUCCAUAA